AUGACGGACGCGCGUCGCUACGACCGCGCGAACGACCCGUACUACGUCGUGCGCGACGAGAUCGCGCGCCACGUCGACGACCUCGCGCGCCGCGCGCGGAGCGGCGCCGCGAGCGCGACGGUAAGCGCGGCGCUCGAGCGAGACAUCGAGAGCGCGCGCUGGGAGCUCGACGAACUCGACCGCGCGAUCGCGGUCGCGGAGCGCGAGAGCGCGCGGUACAAGCUCGACGCGCGCGAGAUCGACGAAAGGAAACGGUGGAGCGCGCGGGCGCGCGAGGCGGUGGACGAAGCGAUGGCGACGACGCGCGCGAGGGCUCGAGCGGGACGCGCGAACGGGGACGGCGACGGCGACGCGAACGGGACGACGACGCGAACGGCGGGAGACGCGGGCGUCGGUGAGGCGGGAUUCGACGAUCAUCAACAGUUGCUCGUGCGAAGGCAAGACGAGGAUCUGGACGACAUAUCGGCGAGCAUAACGCGCAUCGGACAAGUCGGUUUGACCAUCGGCGAGGAGCUCGCGUCGCAGUCGAAAAUGUUGGAGGACUUGGACGAAGACGUCGACGGCGUCAACGCGAGGUUGGCGGCGGCGGAGCGAAAGAUGCGAGAUGUUUUGAAAAAGGUCGGUCUGCGCGGACAGCUUUGCGUGAUUUUCUUCUUGACCGUCGUGUUGUUCGUCUUGUUCGCGAUCGCGUUUCAGUGA